UUAAAAAAGUUCCAAUAACGUCAAAUAGUCAAUGUCAAAGUAGUGUUGCAGAAUAGUAAAAAUUUGAUGUGAAUCAGUGUUGAAUCAAUGAAAAUAUAGAUUUUUACGUUUACGAUCUAUCUAUGAGUUUUGCAAUUUUUUACAUUAAUGCACCUUAUAUGAAAAACAUAACCCUGACAUAUCUAUGUAAAAACAAAUAAAACAUGUCACAAUUUACAGGUUUUAGUGAAGAUGACUUGGAAAGAAUUAAAUCUGGCGAAACUGCCGAUGAGAGUAAAAACAAGUACAUAAAAAAUUCUAAUAUAAAACGAGUUAAAUUAUCAAUGAAAACCAAGCCAUAUGAAUAUAAGACAGCCAUUAAUCAAAAACAGGAUUCAGACGAUGGAAUAGACAGCAUAGAUUUUGAUAAAUGUAAGCUUAGUUUAAAAACACCAACGUCACCCUCCAAAAAUGCUAAAAUGGAGGAGGACAAACAAAAUCAAGUUAUUUUGCAAAAUAAUGUAGAGGGAAAUGAUGAAGUACAAGUAGAUACUAUCGAAGCAGACAAGAGUGAUAUGACAAGUAGUAGAAGGAGUAGUACUGCUCCGGACAUAGUGAGAGGUGUUGAUUUUCAAUAUACAGAACAUGAACUGGCCUCUCACAAAGUGAAGUUAGGAGAAUUGCAACUCAAACAGAAGAUUAUGGAAGAACAGAAUAAGAAAAGAAAGGAAAUGAUUGCAAAAGCUUUAGCUGACAGGACGAAACAGACAGAAGAAGAAGUAAUGAAACUUGAGAAAAUCAAGAAAGAACUACAAGUAUUGGACAGUCAAUUUUCACAGGAUGUGUCAGUAUUGAGGAAGAAAAUAGAUCAAGCCUGCUUAAGUUAUGCUGAUGCUGAGAAACAAUACUUACGAGUUGAAAAAGAAUUUCUUAAUGCGAAGAUUCUGCUGCAAAAAGAAAAGGAAAAAAAAGAGCUGCUCACAGAACAUUUAUGCGCCUUAAUAACACACAACGAAAUGAGGAAGGCUCAGAAACUUGAAACGCUCAUGCUCGAACUUGCUAAUGAAAAGAAAAAUGAAAUUAAUGAAGCAUUAACCCUCAAUGACGAUAAUCCAGUUAUAAUCGAUGGUGUUGAUGAGAGGACAGGUAAGAUGGUCGAAAUUAAUACCAAUAAAUCAUAGCAUAAUUAUGAAAUCAAUAAUUCAUUACCAAACAUAAUUAGUUUGGGUAACAGAGAAAUUAAAAAUUCAAAAAUAAAGAUUUACUGAGAUGUCAAUUAAUUUAAAACUCAUUGAAAAUAAAAAUGAAUUUAGAGCCAGUCAGUUUCAAUAGAGGCUCCCGAUUGUAGUAUUCUGGUAAUUGUUCUUGUUUUACACUUAUCAUAUUACCAUAAAUUUAAUUGUUAAGGACACUUGUGUCAAUAGUAUGACGUUUUUGGUUCUCUCUUUUAAGUUAAUCUUUUUUAUAAAGUAGGUCUUCCUAAGAUUUGUGAACUGCAUGCAUGAAACUCGAUAUUUGGCUAUGAAAUCAUAGGAGGUUGAGGUAUAUCUAAUCUUUGAUCAUUGUCACUUUCGUUCAACUGCCAACUACGCAAAGUGGACCUAGUGUACUAUCUAAUGUAACCAUAGACUUACAUAAUCUAGUAAAGUUAUUUUGUAUCAAGCCAUGAUUCCUUAACAUUUUUAAUCGAUUACUACACUAGAAACAUAAAUUAUAACAAUUGGUUAAAAAAUUCAAAUAUAAUUUAAUUAAUCGCAUAGAAUAAAAUUAUGUAUUAAGUAUACGCUAGAAACUAUUUAAUAAUUUAAAAUGUUAGAGAUUAACAAAUGAUUAAACGCAAGUAAACUAACUAUUUUUCUAUUUUUACAAAAUUAAGUUUAAGUUUGUUAUAUGUGCCUUAUGUAUGUGCCUUGUUGAUAAUUUAAAUCCAUUAAAGAUAAGUAGUAAUUAUUAUAUUAUAGAUCCAUUAUAGAUAAGUCGUGUUGAACAUGACAAUAAUCUUAAUUAAAUAAUGUUUCCUAUUUUUUUGUAUAUUAUUAUGAUUGUCCAGUACUUUUCUAAUAUUAAAUGGUGUGUUAGUUCACAUUAGAACUGCCAAGGUUUUAAAACGAUUUUAUAAAAAUACUUAAAGUACUUACCUAGUAAAACGAAAGUUUAUAAAACAA